AUGAGCAAAAUAAAAACCAUCCACAAUCCCAUUGGGUCACUAGAGAGAUUUUUUGAUCUUCUCUUGAUCUCUCUCAUAGUUUACAUGACACUGAAAGGUGGCACGAGUGGUGCUUGUGCUGCAUGCAAGUACCAACGCAGACGCUGCGCUGCGGACUGCCCACUCGCGCCAUACUUCCCGGCAGAACAACCAAAGCUCUUCCAAAACGUUCAUAGGCUUUUUGGAGUUAGAAGCAUCGUUAAAAUACUCGAGAACCUAGACGAAGUCCAGAGACCCGAAGCGAUGAAAUCGAUUAUAUUCCAGUCUUAUGUCCGAGAUCGUAACCCUGUCCAUGGUUGCCUUGGUAUCACGCAACAACUCCAAUACAUGAUCUGGCUAGCCGAAGAAGAACUCAAAGCCGUUAAUUCACAAUUACAACUCUAUCGCAAUGGUCAGAAUCAUGCUAACCCUAAUAAUAUGAUGAUUCAUGAGAUUGGUGAGAAGCAUGAAGAUCUUACAUCACAGCUUGAUUUGGGAAUGGGACUUCCGGUUAACAAUAAUAACCAAGGUAAUAUAAUACCGUUUUUCAGUCAGGUUUCUGAAGCACAGCUGCAACCUCAGAUGUCUUAUUGCAACGAAUCUAAUAACAAUGACUACAAUCCAAGUCCGGAUUCAAGUAAGGAAAUUCUCAACAAUCAUAAUGCUUCUUUGGCUUGGGGUCAGAAUCAAUUUCCUUAUAAUCAUCAUAACUAUGGAUUCAUCAAUCAAAACGAGCAUUGUAGUGAGACGAAGAACAAUAACAGUGUGAUGGCUAUACAGUCUCAACUUGUUAAUCUUCAGAUGGCAUCAAAUCAACAAGAGGAAGAAGUUGAUGUUGAUCAGAACUAUGAUGAAAUCCAUCAAUUCCUCGAAAUUAUCGAUGAAAGUCAUUCUUUCACGGAAACAAAAGAAGUGUACGCUUCAAGCUCUGGUGAAUCUUUGAAGGAACCUAUAGAUGAAAUAGGAGAGAAGGAGUUGAGGAGGGCGGCCACUUGCUUUAGUCUCACGAGUGUGAAUUAA